GUUUACGAUGAAAAUUAUUUUAUAUAGGUUAUGUUAUUUGUUUUGUUAUUAUUUAAAUAGUUUUUAGAUACAGUGAUUCUCGUUUUAGUUAAAUAUGAUUAAUUCUGAUGCACCAGAUGUAACAAAAAAUAAAAAACGCACAAAAGAGUCAGAAGAUGAUUCAGACUCGGAUAAUGUUGUAGGACCUUCUUUAUCAGAAGCUGCUAAACCUAAGAAACGCAGAGUUCUUUCACAUGAAUAUCUCUACUUAGAGGCUUUACCAUGUGCAGAAUCUUACGAAAGAAGUUACAUGCACAGAGAUGUUAUAACGCAAUGUGUUGUGACCCCCACUGAUUUUAUUAUAACGGCAAGUUGUGAUGGCCACAUAAAAUUUUGGAAAAAAAUGGAAACUGGAAUUGAAUUUGUGAAACAUUUUAGGAGUCAUUUAGGUCCAAUUGUAAAAAUAACUUGUAACAGCGAAGGCACUUUGCUUUGCUCUGCUUCAGUUGACAAAUCAUUGAAAAUUUUUGAUGUUGUUAACUUUGACAUGAUAAAUAUGAUCAGGUUAGAAUAUGUUCCUGGCACAGUGGAAUGGAUACACAGUUCUGGAGAACCCAUACACACUUUAGCAGUUUCUGAUAAAGAUUCUUCAAAAAUAUAUGUUUACGAUGGUAGAGAAGAUGGCAAACCAAUUAAAAUCAUUGAAAAAAUUCACAUGAAUCCUGUAACUUUAAUAAGAUAUAACCAUAAAUUUGAAAUUGCUGUUUCUGUAGAUAAAAAGGGAAUGUUAGAAUAUUGGUGUGGCAACAAACAUGACUAUAUUUUUCCAAGAAAUGUGGCAUUUGAUUCAAAAUUGGACACCGAUCUCUUUGAAUUUGUUAAAAAUCGUACUGUACCCACUGGCCUUAGUUUUUCUAAUGAUGGAAAGAAGUUUGCAACGAUUUCCACUGAUAGAAGGGUCAGAGUUUUUAACUUUAUUACUGGAAAACUGCUUUUAGUUUUGGAUGAAACUUUACCAAGAUUUACAGAACAUCAACAAAAAACGCAACAUUUGCCAAAUAUGGAAUUCGGAAGAAGAAUGGCAGUAGAAAGAGAUUUGGAAAAAUCAGAAAGUUUCGAGCUUGCCAAUAUAGUUUUUGAUGAAAGUGGAUAUUUCAUUAUGUAUUCCACUUUACUUGGCAUCAAAUUAAUCAAUAUUUAUACCAAUAGAUGCGUUCGAAUUAUAGGCAAAAAUGAAAAUUUAAGAAUGUUGAAUAUUUCUUUAUAUCAAGGUUCAGCCAAAAAAGCUAAAGCUGCUGUUACUCUAGAAAUUGAAGCUUCAAACAAUCCUACACUCGAUGCGAUUGUGCCCGAUCCAACAAUAAUAUGUACUGCAUAUAAGAAAUCUCGUUUUUAUCUGUUCAGUCGAAGAGAACCAGAUGAUUUACAAGGGGAUCAAGAUAGAGACGUAUUUAAUGAAAAACCAUCGAAAGAAGAUUCUUUAGCUGCCGCCGAAAACCCCGUUAUACAACGACUGUAUGAAAACGCCAUUUUACACACAGUCUUUGGAGACAUUCACAUAAAAUUAUUUGUGAAAGAUACUCCAAGAACGGUAGAAAAUUUCUGUGUUCACAGUAAAAAUGGUUAUUUUAAUGGCCAUAUUUUUCAUAGGGUUAUUAAAGGGUUUAUGAUACAAACAGGGGAUCCAACGGGAAAUGGAACAGGGGGAGAGAGCAUAUGGGGAGGCGAAUUUGAAGACGAGAUUAGGCCUCAUUUAAAACAUGACAGACCUUAUACAGUGUCCAUGGCUAAUGCAGGGCCAAAUACAAAUGGCAGCCAAUUUUUUAUUACCUUAACACCUACUCCGUGGUUGGAUAACAAGCAUACUGUUUUUGGAAGAGUUGUUAAAGGCAUGGAAGUUAUACAAAAUAUUAGUAAUGUUAAGACAAAUGCUAAAACUGAUAAACCAUAUGAUGAUAUUAGAAUAAUUUCUGUAACUGUGAAGUAAGCUUAAAAAAAUAUAUUUAUGAAAAAUUAUAUUUA